AUGAUAGCACAACCAGUGUUAAGUGCUGUAGAAUCUGAGCUGAAACAUGAACGUGAAGAGAUGUGUAACAUUGAGAGAGAUGAACCAUGUGUGAAAUUGAAAAAUUCAGAGGUUCUAACACACAUCAAUAACAAACUAACCCACUUGUCUGAGGAGAGGAGGAAUGUGAAAGAGCUGUUGAAUGAGUAUCCGCAGUUAUUUGCAGAUAUCCCAUCUUGUACUGAUGUUGUUGAACAUAAUGUUGAUAUGGAAGAUACCGCCCCAAUCAAGCAGGCACCUUAUCGUGCUAACCCAGUAAUAAUGAAGAAUCUUGAAAAAGAAAUAGAGUACAUGCUGCAGAAUGGCAUCAUCGAGCCAAGUAGAAGAUUAUCUCGUCACAGGUUGGGACAACUGAGAACAUUUUAA